AUGCCGUGCCUAAUCAUUGAAGCGUGCGCAGCCUCCCGCGGUGCGCGACACAGAGCUUGCAACAAGACGACGGCCACGACAGCAGUGCAUCUAAACACAGCCAAGGCUCCAGGCCCAAACUUUCCACCUCCAAAGACCGACAAGCCUCGCCCUCACGUCUGUGCGACAUGCCAGCGUUCUUUCGCACGUCUCGAGCAUCUCAAAAGGCACGAGCGCUCACACACCAAAGAAAAGCCCUUCGAGUGCCCGGAAUGCACAAGAUGUUUCGCCCGGCGUGAUCUGCUGCUGCGCCACCAGCAAAAGCUCCACCAGACAACAACACCCUCGUCGCGACCCCGGAACAGGCGCGAGAGCACAACUGGUGUAGCUCCUGGCCAGAGCAGAGCUCGGAAAAACAGCAUUGCCAGCACGAGUACCAAUGGGCCUGGCGCUGCCGCCAUGAGGCCCAGGGCCAACACAAUCAGUCAUGUAGACGUGAACCAUGCUCAAAUGAUGGCAGCAGCUACUGCGCAGGUCGCCCGCAACCCGAUGCCGCCCACACACAGCCGGCAUCAAAGUCUCGUCGGUCUCCCGCUGCACAACAUGGACCAGUUUGCGGGAAUGUCUACCAUCAUGGGCCAGCGCGGCGUCAGUCACGGGCUGCCCAGGUUGGAGACGCAUGGGAUGACGGGCAUGGAGUUUCACAACGACGUGAACCUGAGGACAGCGCCACCCGUCACAUUCAAUGCGGACUUCGACUUUGAUAGUCUCUUGUUUGGACAGCACGGAUCCACCAUCAACCCGAAUGCGUUGCACUACAACGAGUCGCCCCAUUCCAUGUCAAUUGACCCACUCUCGCCCUUUGGUCCCAUGACCGACAUGUCAGGUACUCAGACUGAGGGUGACAGUUUCGACUGGCUCACAGGCUUCGAGCAUCAAAUGUCGUUUAACAACGUGCCCGAGACAGCUAUUGAUGGCUCAUCCCCGUCUGCUGUGAGCAAUGCGAGCCCGGGAGGGAUUAGCGACGUCAUGCUGGACGGCUCAGGAACAACAAAUCCGACCGUCACAAUCAACUCAACCGCCGUCUGGCAGCAGGGGAUUAUGGGUCCGCCACAGAUGCCGAAUCCGUAUGCCAUGGAUCUGACGGGUGCCGUUUUCCCAGACCUGAUGGGCGGAACACCAGUCUCACCUCAGCCGCCACAGAAGAACAUGAACGACGUCUAUUUCUCAACGCCGCCACCAUCCAUGAGCUCUCUGUCGCCAUCAAUGAUGUCUGGGCUUGGGGCACAACAAAUACACCAAACUCUCAACUUUGGUCACGGGCCCGAGACCCCGACUUCGGUAAACGGUGCUUUGCAGAUGCAUUCUCCUGUUCAUACAAUCACGGAGACAACAAGAGCAGCCUUGGUUAGCGCUUUGUCGCAAAGUGGCCCCUUCGGCGGACGACGGUACUCAUUCCACACACCCACUUCUCCGCUAUCGCCUCUGACACAAAAUAACGGAGAAGGUCUUCCGGACCAAGCCCGAGCCCUCCCUAGUGUACCCGACUUGCAGCGUUAUGUUGCCAGCUACAUUCGAUACUGUCACCCGCACCUACCUUUCCUGCAUCUUCCAACCCUCUCUUUUGACUCGCCGCCUGUCAAUGGUCGCGGGAGUGCUGUUGGAGGCAGCGGCUGCCUGAUACUGUCCAUGGCCGCGAUCGGCGCACUCUACGAACUUGAGCGCGCCCAAGCCCGGGAAUUGUUCGACAUGGCCAAGAGGAUGAUUCAGCUGUAUUUGGAAGAGCGCAGGAAGGCCGAUAUGCGCAAGGCCGACUUCCGCCGCACGCCAUCUUCAGAUCAAGGUGGCCAUGGAUCUGAUGGUUCCGCCCAUACGCCACUCUGGCUGGCCCAGGCAAUGUUGCUGAACGUCGUGUAUGGACACAACUCUGGGGACAAGACCGCCAAUGACAUUGCAUCCACCCACUCGGCCGCGCUCGUUAGCUUGGCUCAAGCCGCUGGGCUUCUGCGGCCCAUGACUAUCGACUCCCCCGAACUUCAGGAAAUUCAGAUCAGCGAUGGCGAAGGAAACUGGGGCGGUGGUGUCAAAGCAGAAUCGGAGGAACAAGCCGAAUGGCUGAAAUGGAAGACAGUGGAAGAACGUAAGCGGACGCUAUAUGUCAUCUUCAUUCUUUCGAGUCUUUUGGUGGCCGCAUACAACCACGCGCCAGCUUUGACGAAUUCGGAGAUCCUUCUGGACCUCCCGUGCGACGAGGAGUUUUUCGCGGCCGAUAGUGCUUCUGCGUUCCAGGCUAAAGGUGGCUUGCGUGCUGCUGGUCAUAACCGAAUGACCUUCCACGAGGCUUUGGGAGAAUUAUUGCGUACGAACGAGAAACAACAAAAGAUUGCCUUCAACAACGCUCACCAGUCCUUCGGAAACUCACUCGGUACAAACGAGAUCCCUAAGGGCGAUUUGCGUCCAAGCACGUUAGGCUGCCUCGUGCUGAUCAACGCGCUCCACAACUACAUCUGGGAGACACGCCAGCGCCACCAUAACAAACUCUGGACCAACGAAGAGACGGAAAAGAUGCACCGCCACAUCGAGCCAGCAUUAAAGGCAUGGCAGGCGGCCUGGGCCAGCAACCCUCAUCAUAGUCUGGAGCGGCCCAAUCCUUUUGGCAUGGGACCCCUCUCUGCCGACGCCAUCCCGUUGCUCGAUCUCGCAUAUGUGCGGCUUUUCGUCAAUAUGUCGCGAACAAAGGAAAAGUUCUGGCAGAGAGACUGGCAGGGACUUGCAGAGGAGCUGUCGCGGGGAGAUGAAAUUGUACAGCAUGCGGAGCAUUCUCCCAGGUCAAAUGCUGAAUCCAGUGAUCCUUCCGAUGCAUCCGCUGGAAGCUCGGUAUUUAUUGAUUCACCUGCUACUCAGUCGUCACCACCGGAUGUCGCAACUGCCAAACUUUCUACAGCCCCCGGAGCCCAAACGCAUGGGUCGGCUGCCAGCCGUACCAUUUCUCGCCGGGAAAAGCACCUUCGGAAAGCUGCAUUUUAUGCGGCAGACUCGCUGUCCAUGUCUGACAGGUUGGGCGUCACCUUUGCCGACUUCACAAGCCGGGAGUUACCUGUACAAUCGGCAAUGUGUGCAUUCGAUUGUGCGCAGGUGCUUGCCGAAUGGGUUGCAACCCUUCAAGACCGUGUUGGUAGAUAUCUUGGCGUGCUCGGACAAGAUGAGGUGGACCUGACACAGGUGCCGGCGAUCAUGCUCCUGGAGGACGAGGACGUCAAACUCUUGGGCAAGAUACAAGAGCUCCUGGCCAGCGCGGAAAUGAAGAUGAGCAUGGAUCUGGUCAGUGGCAAUGCACACACCGGCAUCGAUGCGCGAUUACAGAUGGACAACUACAACGGCUACGCAGCAAAGAUAUUACGUGUGACUUCAUACAUGGUCGAGAAGUCUGCGGUCUGGCCUGUCCUCCAUCUUAUGGCGCAAUGCCUCGAGACCCAUGCGGGCUACAUGCGAGCGCGGGCAGAAAAGUCGGUCGUGUCCGGCGAAUGA